CAAAAUUCUCCAAACCCCUCAUUCUUUUGGUCCCUUCCAUGCAAUCGCUAACAUUUUACUCGCUCGUUACCUACAGCUCAAGGUGUCGAAUUAUUUAUUCAGCUGAAAGAAAAACCCACACAUUUAAAGACACUGGUACUAUAUGACAUCAAAAAACGUCGGAACAGAUGGAUCCAGACGUUGCAAGGCACCUUGACUUCUAUAUCGGUCUCUCUCUGGCCGUCAUCUCGAGCAUAUUCAUCGGUGGGAGCUUCAUCAUGAAGAAGAAGGGGCUCCUACGAUUAGCAAACAAAGGAUCUAUAAGAGCAGGGCAGGGGGGGCACGCUUACCUUAAAGAGUGGUUGUGGUGGGCAGGACUUAUAUCAAUGGGUGCAGGAGAAGCAGCCAAUUUUGCAGCAUACGCUUUUGCCCCUGCCACACUGAUCACACCCCUGGGAGCACUUAGUGUUUUGGUGAGUGCUGUGCUGGCUUCAUAUUUCCUGAAUGAGCGGCUGAAUGUUCAUGGAAAGAUUGGCUGCUUGUUGUGCAUCCUGGGUUCCACAGUGAUGGUCAUUCACGCUCCACUGGGAGAGGAAGUGGCCUCCUUAGGUGCCAUGGCAGAGAAGCUUAAAGAUCCUGGUUUCAUUGUGUUCGCUGUGUGUGUUGUGGUGAGCAGUCUGGUCCUCAUCCUUGUGGCGGCCCCACGUUACGGACAAAAGAACGUGCUGGUGUACAUCCUGAUCUGCUCUGUGAUUGGCUCCCUGUCCGUGUCCUGUGUGAAGGGCCUGGGCAUUGGCAUCAAGGAGCUGUUUGGAGGGGAAGCAGUGCUGAAGGAGCCACUGUUCUGGGCCCUGCUUGUGUGCCUUGUGGCCUGCAUUAGCACGCAGAUCAACUACCUGAACAAGGCCCUGGACAUCUUCAACACCUCCGUGGUUACGCCCAUCUAUUACGUCUUCUUCACCACUGCUGUCGUGGCCUGCUCCGCCAUCCUUUUCAAGGAGUGGUUCGGCAUGUCAAUGAACAACGCUGUGGGCACGGUUAGUGGGUUCCUUAUCAUUGUCCUGGGCAUCUUUCUCCUCCAUGCCUUUAAGGAUAUGAACUUCACCUGGGACACCCUGCCACUGUUCCUGCACAGCAGCCAUCAGGGGUCCCCCUGGGGGCAGCCCUACAUGGCCCUGCCAAGUGAGGAGAUGCCUGCGUGUGACAAGGUGCAGUUGGCCAGGGAGGGGGGUAAUAAGGGGUACUUCCCAGAAAGCUCUAUACCGGGGUGUUCCCAGUAA